AUGUCACGCAGAGUUAUGGGGAAUAAGAAGAAAAGUGCCCACAUUUCACGGAUCACCUACAUCAUCACGUUCAACAAAGAGAUCGACUAUGCAAUUCAUCAGCGCAAUUCUUUGUCUAUAUUCGACUUUGUUGAUGGCAAAAGUAAGGACGUGACGCCAAAGUUUAUGGAAAAUGAGUCGUUUGAGCUGGAAAAAGUCCGCUAUCUACAUCGCUAUGCCGAGCGCUAUGUCUCAGAAAUUGCUGAAAAGCGUAGCAUUGGCAGUACUGGCUCCAGUGUCAAAAGAACUAGCAUCAGCUCUAUAAGGGGCAAAUCCAGUGCUCGAUUGGUUCUCGGACUUAAAUGGUCACUAGAUGAUAUCAUUCAAGCGAUAGGCAGCAUGUAUUUCAUUGGCCGAGACUUGGAUGAACACUCUAUUUUUAGUUUAGUACCUGAGGCAGAAACUUAUAAGCUACCAUUUAUUAAAGUGAGUUUGCGUAAAACUGAAGAGAUUGUACUCUUCGAGCAAAGCAGCUGGGCUGUGGUAAAGGGCAGCGAAGAGGCUGAGACUGUAGAGCAUGACAAUCGUAUCUACGAUUAUCUCACUGUAGGUAGAGGAAAAGUUCGACGUCGUUCCGAAGCCGAAACGCAAACAAAUUAUUUACUGACAAAGACACGCAACGUAAAUACAGUCGUCAAAAAAAGCAACGAGAAAGAUGCGUAUGUGUCCUUUUUCGAAAUGUUCGACACCUAUCAGAAAUUGCUGCAAUACAAAGCGUCUUGCCAGUAUAAACAUCUAUCGCUUGAUGCGAGCAAAUUGGACGCCAUCGCCAAGAAUCCGAAUUUCGCCUAUGCUGCCAUGGUGUUGGAACGCAUAUUGGCCAGCAAUUGUUAUCAUCAAGAACAACGUCGCUAUCGUAACAUGAUAACAGUCGACAAAAUGGAUAGAGUUGCCAAUUACAAGUAUACGCUGAAUCUGUUAUACCGCUUAGUACAGCCUGUCUUCGAACCAAGUCGAUUUCUGCAGAAAAAGCGUAAAGCAAUAGCAGCCAUAAGUUUCUGUUAUGGCAAUGGUGAUCUGAUAGCUGUCGCAUACGGCUUCUAUUCUCAUUCGGCAAAGGUAACAGUGAACAAUGGCAAUGUUUGCAUUUGGAGUAUGAAGAAUCCACAAAACCCCGAACGCACUUACGACUACCCGGUGCCGGUAACAUCUUUGGAAUUCUCACCAUUUAUGCCUUUUCUUAUUGCGAUCGGUCUGUACGACGGCACUGUGCAGGUGCGCAACAUAACGAAACUCGGUGGGCCGCCAGUUGCCGUUUCACAACGCAAUGUUUUAUUAAGCUCCGAACCGGUGACAGCCAUUCAAUGGAUUAGUCAGCCGCAGGAUGAAAGCGCGGAAAUAGAUCCGUUCUUGGCGUUGACACGCGAUGGUAAAGUGGCAAAGUUUCGCAUAAUUCCUAGCCCGUAUCUGUUGGGUAUGCGGCAGAUGGAGUUAAUACGUAUUGAAGGUCAACCGGAGGGUUUGCAAAAGCGUUCGGUUAAUGUCACUCUGAAUGAUAACUACGAAUCGAAUCGGCAUCCAUGUGGACUAAGUCUGGUUAUGCAUCCGAUGGUUAAAGAUCUAUAUUUCAUACUCACCGAUGAAGGUUGCAUUCAAAUGUGUUCGCUCAACCACACUCAUCAAUAUCUCGAUGCGUUGCAGGUACAUGAAAGCUCAACUAAUCACAUGGACUUUUCACCAUGGUCACCGAAACUUUUUCUAACCUGCGGCAAUGACUGGACUAUUCGCAUUUGGCUAGAGGGCAUUUUUCAGCCACUUAUAACUCUUACUGAUCGUUUUGCGCCAGUGCAUUGUGCCAUGUGGAGCCGUACUCAUUCGACUGUGAUCAUAUCCCUUAAUCGCGAAACUGUCGAUAUUUGGGAUUUGCGACGUGAUUUGUUAGCGCCUGUAUCAUCGAAAAGGCUUGAAACAUCCUUUAUGACAAUAGCCAAAUUAAGCUUGUGUGGCAGAAUCCUUGCAAUUGGCAAUGAACGCGGCAAUGUGCUUAUGUGCAGCUUUGAUGAUAUGCCCUUUCCUCCGCAUGCCCAGUAUGCUGAGCUAGAAAAAGCAAUGUACAAGGCAGUUGACACAUCACCAACCCUAAAGUAUGAGUUGAAAAACAUUGGCUACUUCGGUUACGAGAAGAAUGAACGUCCAAGUAGAUUUGUUUGA